AUGGGCGCUCUUAUCAACAUUACUCCCUCACGAAUGGGACAUAUUUUGCACCCAUUGAUGAGGUCGCCACGACGAAUACUCGAUUGCGGUUGUGGUCCAGGAGACUGGGCCAUCGAAGUUGCCACACAAUAUCCUGACGCCGAAGUCCUUGCCAUCGAUGUCAGCCCGCACAUGAUACCAGAAAACCCUCCCGACAAUAUGGAGCUCCAAGUUGACGACCUUAACGGGAGGUUUACAUUUCGAUCCAACCACUUUGACGUUGUCCAUAGUCAAAUGGUCGCCGGGGGCAUCCAUGCGAAUCGCUGGCGAAGCUAUAUUCGAGACAUUUUCCGUGUAUUGAAGCCGGGUGGCUGGUGUCAGAUGGUCGAGAUAUACUUCAACGCCCAAUCUGACAAUGGUACGCUAAGCAGAGGUGAUUUCUCCAGUCUCCUGAACAUGAGAGCUUCUGCAUCCUGA